AUGAUCAUGUAAUAAAAUACAAAUUUAAAAAUUUCAUUAAAAGUAUUAAUUAAAUUUUUUAUUUAGGAAUGCAAGAAAACUAGAAUUUGUUCAUAUUAAUAAAAACAUUGUUCUAAGUAUUGGAUUUUAUAGAGGAUUCAUAUUGAAAUUAUUAUAUAUUCUUAAUAAAUUUAAACUGGAUUUAUGUUUGAUUUUUAUCCAUAUGGUUAUUUAUUAAAAAUCUCUAUUAGAAUUAGGUAAUAGUUAAGUUAAUAUAUUAGUGAGAGAAUUUGGAAAGGUGUCUUGAAAUCUAUAAUGUGA